CAUGAAAAAUAAGCUUCUUCAGCUCCAGCCCGACCGCCUCUUCUCCUCCUGCCUUCCCUGUCCGAUGUUGUAGAAUUUCCCGUUCAAUUCCGCUUAAUUGGUUGAUUAAUAAAACCCUGAAACGCAUCCUUUCCCAUUCCGAUCAUAUCUUGUUCCAAAAUCUAUUCUCUUCUUUACUCUUAGUUUCCCAAUUGACGCCACAACCAUUCAUUUCGUGACCUCUAAUCCCAAUCCUCAUCGCCGACCUUAUACAGUAUUGAACGAUUGACGUUUACCGGGGGUUAGAAUUGAAGGUGUUGUGAUGGUGUUGGGUUGACAAAAUGAACUCUGGGUUUCUGGGUAACAUCCUCUGGUUUAGAGCCCAAUCAAACAGUGAUUUGGAACCUACUUUGAAACCAACUAGUGUCUAUAUUGAACAACAACCUGAGCACAAGCCUGGUUUUGAUCUCAAGCCGUUGGGAUUGCCCCUUGUGUCCUUGUUUCCAUGGGUUGCUGUGCAGUCUCAAGACAGGACUCGAAGAACCCCAUCCACUAUCAACCGCCGGUUGAGAAGGCGUGCCGCCCAGCCACACCGCAAGGCUGCUCCCCCUGAUUUGCUGCGCUUCCGGCCAUAUGUUUCGAGGGUGCCAUGGCAUACUGGUGUGAGAGGGUUCCUUUCUCAGCUGUUUCCGAGAUACGGGCAUUAUUGUGGACCUAACUUUUCGAGCGGCAAGGAUGGUGGAUCGCUUGUUUGGGAUCAGCGCCCCAUUGAUUGGUUGGAUUUCUGUUGCUACUGCCAUGACAUUGGAUAUGACACUCAUGAUCAGGCUGAGCUGCUCAAGGCUGAUUUAGCAUUUCUCGAGUGCCUUGAGAAGCCUAAUAUGAGGACUAAAGGAGAUGCUGGUGUUGCUCUCGUUUAUAAGACUAUGUGCACUACAGGUCUCAGGAAUUUCCUUAUACCGUAUAGAACUCACCUUGUAAAGCUCACAUCAGGACAUCCUUUGAUUCAGUUUGGAUGGCUAAGCAAUGUUAGAUGGAGAGGUUGGGGUUUCCAGAAAACCUGAGAUGCAUCAUGAGCUUGAGAACUGGUAACCAACUACACUGAGCUAUUGCCCAUUGUGGCAGAUGGUUUCUAGUUCUCGUAUUCAUGUAUCCAAGUUUUUUCUUUGCUAGAGGGAACACAUGAUUUCAGCCUUAUUUUUCGCUAAUGGAUGGCCUGUUCUUGUCCUUGGUUAAACCCGAGGAGGUUUCUGAAUCCACUGAUUUGCUGGUUUGAUAGCAUCUGUAUAUAAUAGACAGGUUUUUCUUCUUUUAUGUAAGUUUCAUUAAGUUUCAGAAACAAUUGACCACUCGCAUAAGUCAGAUGAUUGAGUUGGUAAUUGCUUCACCGUA